GCUGCGUAAUGCGAACAAGUGUUUUUGUAUUAUUUACAACUUGGCUGGCAGAAAAAAAUUGGCCCGGUGUUUGAGCAAAUAAGUUAACAGUAGUAGGCGUAAACGACGGAGCCGAGUGCCCGCCCUCCCAGCCUGAUCACUGUGGAUGCUCCUACGCUCCUCAGCGUGCAGCGAGUUCCCAAGGAAAACUGUAGGCACACCAGUCCUGCGUGCGCAUAGACUAGCCUAUUUGAUCGAACUGGGGCUACCGCUAUAGACACACAUAACACAGGCUGAGGAGUUUCUUUUUUCAUUCACCCGGGAAAGUUAAUGUUCACAUAUUUUGUUAAAAUCUGAUUGUCUGGCAAAGCUACACCAAGAGGAGGAGAACAACGAAGCGUAGGCGAACAUCUCCGAUCUCCAGUCGUAUUUGAGCUAAUGAAAACAGAGGAAGAGUGGCAGGACCAAGAUCAACACUGAGUGGAACAGGAGGCCACAUCAUGGGGCUGGGAGAGGCUUCUGCGAGGGGUACCAGCAUGGAGGGAGAUUGCCUCAGCUGCAUCAAAUACCUCAUGUUCGUCUUCAACUUCCUCAUUUUUCUGGGCGGCUCCUUCCUGCUGGGGGUGGGCGUGUGGGUGCUGGUGGACCCCACAGGUUUCCGGGAGAUCGUGGCGGCCAACCCGCUGCUCUUCAAGUGUGUCUACAUCAUCCUGGCCAUGGGGGCCAUGCUCUUCCUGCUCGGCUUCCUGGGCUGCUGCGGCGCCAUACGCGAGAACAAGUGUCUGCUGCUCUUCUUCUUCAUGCUCAUCCUCAUCAUCUUCCUGGCGGAGCUGGCGGCUGCUAUCUUGGCCUUCAUCUUCCGGGAGCACCUGACCCGAGAGUACUUCAGUGAGGAGCUGAAGAGGCACUACCAAGGCUACAACAACACACACGUGUUCACCUCCACCUGGAACGCCAUCAUGAACACAUUUGAGUGCUGUGGGGUGAACAGCCCAGAGGAUUUUGAGGACAGCCUGUUCCGGGUGCUGCACCCCAAUGACAUGGUGCCGCGCGCCUGCUGCCGGAGGAUCACACACCCGGGAGAGGAGCAGGAGUGCCUGAUGGGAAGCAUGAUGUUCCGCUACAACAAGGGUUGCUAUUCUGCUGUGGUGGACUACUUUGAGAUGUACAUCUACGUGGCUGGAGCUCUGGCCAUCGUGGUGCUGACUAUAGAGCUUUUCGCCAUGGUGUUUGCUAUGUGCCUCUUCAGAGGGAUUCAAUGAAGACAACGAUGUGGGGGAGGACAAUUUGCUAAAAGGGAAUUCACCAGAAACAAAUCCAUAGGAAACACAAAAAAGAAAGAAAGAAAAUCAAACAAAAACAAACAUUUGUAUAAAGUUUUUCUCCUUUUCCCAUUUUAUACAUGUCAAAUUGAGAGAGAGAGAGAGAAAAUAGAUAUUGGCUGAUCAACCUGUACUUCACAGCUGGACCUUUGAGGUACUGGUGGCAAGAAACAGAAAAAGAUAACACCAGGAGAUGUAUACACACAUAUACACACACAAACACACAGGACAGAAAUGUUCAACCUGCGUCACAGAGUAUGUCUGGACGGACCCCACUGUUGGGACCGGACGGUAUAAAUUGGAAAGGGUGGAAAAGACAGAAGACCUUGAAAGAAGAGGACACUGCACUGACUUUGGAUGAAGAAUAUUUAUACUGAUUAAUGUUGGCUUGUCUGUACAGAAAUUUGUGUCUUGAUUUUUUAUUAUUAUUUUUUUUGUAAUGUUUCACUGUAUACUUAAAAGCUACACACUCAUCUUCUAACAACACAGCCCCAACCACUUUUUAUGUUUUCUCUAUGACACUACGAGUCACAGGCUGUGUCAGUGCCACACAUCUUAAAUGCUGUACACUGUUGUAAAUUUGCUCUAGAAAACCACUUUCUAAGUCUCUUUGCCAAACGCUGAAAUGUAAUUGUUAAUUGUGUGUGUGUGUGUGUGUGUGUGUGU